GGGAGGGAGAGUUCCACACAUCAGAAAACCUAUCUUCAUCACCAUCACCGAAAGCGCAGAGAGCAGGCGGCUUUGGGAAAUCGAUUUUAUUGUGCUCGGGGUGACGGAGUGAUCAUUUGUGCUGGGGAUUGUACGUUUCAGUUGUGUUCUGGCGUAAAAUUCCGGUUCUUGAUUCCACACCAAUUUGGGUAGCGUGUGUAUGUGUCCGUGUGCGUGUGUGUGUUUGUAGUGCAACAGCGAAAAAUGGGAAAAUCUUGAAUCGCUCCCUUGUGCGGUGCUCAUUUUGUGAUGAACCCCCUCCCCCCCCCGGAUCAUCCCCUCCCGGAGACCUUUCAUUCAAAACAGCUGGAACGGUGAAAAACGGGAGUCUGCGUCCCGCGUGGCAAUCUGCGCACCAUUUCCUUGUUGAAUUUCUGCUCAUCCGUCCCACUGCGGAGGGAAAGUAAAUCGCUAUGGCCAGCGGCGAGUUUUGUGAUUUUCCACGAAGCCAGCUAGUUAGUUUAUCCUUUUAUUUUAAGCAUUAUGAAGGAGGGAAAAAAAGAUUUCCCUUCCCGUCCUGCCUUUCGUAGCUUGUCCCACAGAGGGCAAUAACGAGAGCAUAAAGUAUGCUGACCGGAGAGAAGAGGAAAAUUUGUACGAACCAGCCGUAAAGAGCUAGAGAGAGAGAGAGUCCAAGAACCCAACGCAUCAACGGCGACAACGAACGGCCGUGCUGAUGUACUCGAGAGCGCGCAGAAAAGCUUGUGCGUGGUAUUUUUCGAAGCGGAAGCUGGUUCCAUCAUCCAGCGUAAACCGGAACGGAGACAACCAUCCACAGAAACGCUAGGCAACAUCCUGCGAACGCACAGAAGCUCCCCCAUUCACAUGCGACAGCGAUCUGUACCCUUCCUUUUGGCCACGGGUUUCCCGUGGCGGGGUCUGAUGGUAGCAGCGUUCGUGGAAGACCGAGAAUGCAUCGGUUACAUUUUACACGUCAGAUUUUCGGAAUUUGAUUAACUCCAAACAUUUCGAAUAAUGUCCACCAGGAACAUGACGGGAAAAGCAUCUCGUGAAUGUUUAAAGAAACGAUAGAAUAGCAUAAUGUGUGUUGGUUGGUUUCGUUGUUCGGGAAAAUCUCUAUUCUGAAUCUUCUCUUCGUUUCCAUUUCUACACAUACAAACCAAACCACACACGCACACACAACCCGAUGUGAGAUUGAGUUAGGGUGUUGGAAAACAGAUUAGCAAAUUAUCGUUGUACAGUAGGCCACCACUGCCGUCCCGGUGACGUGCUUGUGACGUUGUGCGUGGUUUCUGCGCUCGGAUGAAAAGCGUUUGCCAAAAACAAGAGCAAAAAUAAGAUCAACACGUUUGUCAAUGCAUAUUUUACCACACAGGUGCAGAGGAAACUGCCACACGAGGUCGAAAUUACAUCUCCGCAAUUGUUUGUGAGCACCGAGAGUGCAGUUGAGAGUGAGCAGGGCGAAUAAUCCUGGGAGGUUGUAGCGAUUUUUCUUCGCCUAAAUUUCCACGCAUAUCUUGCGUGGCACUCGUGUGUAUGUGUGGGUGCGUUUUUCAAUGUGCUGGCCGUGAUAGCCUGGUGGUAUAUCAUCUAAAAAGGAACCUUGCCGUCCCGAUCCGCCCGCCCUACCCAUCAACGUGCACGGUUUGAAGUGUGACGCGUGUUUACCGCUGGCCGUGUGUGCGGCUGAAGAAAAGGUGCAUCAUUGCUCGGAGUGAAGAGAAAAGUGAAGAAAAAAACAACAACAACCAAAAGAGAGAGAGAUCAAAAAUUCUAUAUUUAUCGAAAGUGGACACAGUCGCAAGGUUUGUGUGCGUGUGUGUGUUAGUGCUAGUUGGUUUUUCCCCUUUUCAUGCCAGCGAUUGUGUUGUUGUGUCGUUGGCUGUGCUGCUGCUAGUGGCAACAUCAUCAUCAUAGGCGUCCUGCGAAAAACGGUGUGUGUACUCGCGCAGCGGGGCUUUCCACGCGCUGAUUCGCAGUAGGCGUGAGGGUGGCAGGAGCCACACAGAACACCACAGCCCUACAACACUACUACUGCCUGCUGGUUUCGCGAGAGCGUGUGCGAGCGAACCGGGAAAGUCCCUCGAUUGGUCGGCAGGAUAUCCGCCGGACUGAACAGCAAAGCCGGGCAGCUGCUGCCGGGCGUGGAACAUUUCGUUGGGAAACGGAUUCGCUACCACGGAGCUGGCCGGACCGACAUCACCAUCAAGCGGUGCGCUAUAAUGAAGAGGCGCAAUGCCGACUGUGGCAAAAUACGACGGCCCAUCAAGAAGAACAAAAUUGCGGAACAGAUUGGGAGCAACACCCUGCUCUACAUCAAAUUCCUACUAUUAUGGGCGUCCGUAAUAACAGCAGACUUUUUGCUCGAAUUCCGUUUUGAAUUCCUAUGGCCGUUCUGGCUGCUGCUUCGUUCGAUAUAUGAUUCCUACAAAUAUAAAGGAUUGGCAUUUUCGGUGCUGUUCGUCUGCAUAGCGGUGACAUCCGAUUUGGUAUGUCUAUUUUUCAUCCCCGUUCAGUGGCUAUUUUUUGCCGCCAGUACAUACGUUUGGGUCCAGUACGUCUGGCAUACAGAUAAAGGAAUCUGUUUGCCAACGAUAAUACUGUGGAUACUGUUUGUAUAUCUGGAGGCUGCCAUACGAUGGAAGGACAGUCGCAAUAUACCGCAUCUCAAUCUUUGCCGACCGUUCGCCGCUCAUUGCAUUGGCUAUCCGGUGGUGACGCUUGGGUUCGGUUUCAAGAGCUACGUAGGCUUCCGCAUACGGCAACGCAAGCAGCGCGAGGUAGCAAAGGACAACGACUUCUACAUGCAGUUGCUGCAGGAAGCACUGCCGAAGGAGGAAUCCAGGGCGCUAGAACCGCUGGCCGACGGGGCUACCGGGGCGGGCAGCGAGCAGCUGACGUCAACGAAGGAGCUCGUACCCGUAGCGACGUUGGGAAACAAUCAUAGUCUGAACAGUAGUAGCCACAGUGCUACGAGCAACCGAAGUGAUACAGGGCAGCAUCACCACCACAAUCACCAUAAUCACAAUCAUCACCACAAUAAUCACCAACAGCAGCAGCAGCAGCAGCAGCAUCAUGCAAGUCACAGUAAGAGUGCACAGAGCUCCAAAUCGUCCAGCAGUGGAUCCUCCUCGACGACGCAUGUGAAUGGGCACGUUAGCAGCGGUAGUUCGCCGUCCUCCUCGUCGACCAGUACGAUGAAUGGCGGUCUAAAUCACGCUUCACACCAACAGCAAGGCUCUUCCAAGCAUCGGAAAAGUUUGGACAAGGAUAGCAGCAGCAGCAGCAACAGCAGCGGCAGCAGCAAUGCGUCAUCCAAUUCAACCAGCACGUUUAAUGCUGGCAGUAAGAUGAAUGGUGGUAGCGGUGGCAGUGGAGGUAACUACUCCUAUCAUCAGACCACCACAUUCCAACAGAACGGUGGUAAUGCUAGCACCACCAGCAGUAGCUCCAGCGGCAGCAGUAGCACUGGUGGUGGUAGCGCCACACACAGUACAAAAGAAACCUCGAGCACGGGAAGUCGUGGCGGCGAUCAUAAUGGCAGCAUUCACUGCAACGGUGGAGCUGUGGCAAAGGAUGCAAAAGAUGGAUCCGGGCAGGGUCUCGCCGCUCGUAAAGAUUACGACAAGGAGACAACGAGCAACAGUAGCAGUGCGGCCGCCGUUUCGACCGGUUCGUCUUCUUCGAGCACCGCGAAACACUCCAAUCGUUCCAAAAGUCCAACCGAAAGCAGCACGCAUAGUGUUGCGGUGGGAAGCAGCAAAUCGAACAGUAACAAACAGAACGGCCACAUCAGUUCGCAAUACCAUCAGCCGGAGCUUGUACAGCAGGUGGCGUGUACGGAAGUAGCGACGGCUGGGUCCGAAUCGAAAGGGGGCGGUGGUCGUUCCGGGCGCAAAAAUCGGCUCAAGAAAGCUGCCGAGCAGCAGGCUCAACUGUCGGCAAUUGCUAAACUUUGUGCUACCCUGGCGCUGGCGUCCUCGGUGACCACGCUAACGACAGCGGGCGGAGCCACGUUGUCAUCCGGUGGUGGUGGCGACAAGGCAACAACCAUCACGUCAGCUUCGUACACCGGGGCUGGCAGUGUGCCGUCUGCCUCCGUUAAGGACAAUCACCAACACAAUAGCGAACAGGUGAAGGAAUCUGGCGAUGGCCGGUCUAGCAGCAGCAGUAGUGGCGCCAGAACAGCGAAAGCGACCCCAGCGGCGACAGGAUCGUCGUCUGGGCAAGCUUCAUCUGCUGGAGCAGCUCCGCCAGUUGCUACUACCGUGGUGGUGCAGAAGGUGUGCGAAUCGUGCCCACGGCUCGAAGGUGACCUAAAGAAGCUGCGGGCUGAACUGUCGACUCAUCGACAGACAGAGAAUGAGCUGCGUCAAAAGUAUGAUUCCAACACGGGCAACCUGAAAUCGUGUUUACAGGCUAAGCAGAAGGAAUACGAAGAACUACAGACCAGAUACCAAGAGCUUAGCAGCCAGCGGCAGCAGGAACGGCAAAAUUUGCAAACCGUUGAACGACGGCUGGGUGAAGAACGGCGCCACCGUCAAUCGCUCGAGGCUCAGCUCAACAAUGAGCGCAAGUACCGGAAGCAGGCCGAGGAGAAGGCGGCGCGCUCCGAGUGUGGCGAGUCGUGCAAGAUGAAAAAGCAACAGAUGGAAAUGGAAAUCGACAAGCUGCAGCACGAAGUGAUAAACGCGGAGGAGGGCAAGCUGAUGGCCGAAAAGCAGGCUCGCAACUAUGAGCAGGAGAUGAGAAAGUACGAGCUACAGCUGCGAAGCCGUGAAUCGCAACCCAACACAGAAGUGCUGAUCAGCGCUUUGGCCGUGAUGCGGGAAAAGAACGAAACGCUGGAGAAGAACCUGUCGGCCGAAACGAGAGUUAAGCUGGACUUAUUCUCAGCCCUCGGGGGCACCAGGCGAGAGGUGGAAAUUCUCACCUGUUCCCUGCGAUCGAAGGAAAAGGAAAUACUCGAUCUUAAUGCAAAAAUCGUGCAGCUCGUGGCGGUUAUGCCGAACGAUGCCCUCGGACUGACCAGCCAUGGUGGGGGAGGUGGAACGGACGGUUCGUCGAUGAUGCGAUUGGCCGACGCACCGCAGCUUCUGCCGCAAUCGCUGUCGAGCGGGCAUCUCAACGGGAUGGGCCCGGUUAGCAGCGGUGGAGCUGGGGGAGGUGGUGUUGCUGGAGGUACAGGCGGGGGAGGCGGUAUGCAUCAAAGCAGUCAGCAGCAGCAGCAGCAGCAACAGCAGCAACAGCAGCAUCAGCAACAACAACAGCAGCAGCAGCAACAACCAAGCCCAUUGUCGCACAUGGUGGUGCAGAACGGACCAUCGUUCUGCAGUCAAUUAGGUAGCCUCGGGGUGCUAACAUCCACGAUGGCGACGCUGCCCUCGUCGUCGGUGCUGGCCGGUUCGAACUCGAGUUCGGCGAACAAUGGCUGCGGCGUCGUCCACCCGUCGUCCGGUACUGUCUGCGUCGGUUUGCCAUCGCUGGGGGGCCCUGGCAGUGGCAACAAUGGAGGACAAAUAGUACAAAUUCAAAACGCAAACAAUGGUGGCGCCAACGGCGGCAACUGUCCCUCCAGUCUCGAUCCGAACGCGACGAUUUACACGCCGAAGAACAACGGCAUGGUCGGCGGCACCGAAGCCUGACCGCAUGAGUUAUCGUUUUUCCCGCCCGGCAAUGUCACCUUUUCAGCGCUCCCAUCGGCGUCCUCGCUAGCGCUGUUUGUCAGCCUGGACAGCAGCGCUGGUGGCACCAUUAGCACCACUGCUACAUCCACUGCUAACGCCAGUGCAACAAAUCCAACUA